AUGCACCACCACAUCUUCGUCAUUUUUGUCGCUAUUGUUACACUACCGAGAUGCCAUAGCUUUUUUGGCUUCGGCAAAGUACAGUCGGUGGCCGCAGACGGUAAACUGUGGUGUAACGGCCAUCCAGCGGCAAACGUCAAAGUGAAGCUGUUCGACGCAGGAAUUCGUGAGUUUUGUGCUAUAGAUCCUUGGCGGGGCGCAACAAGCAACAUGUCAGCACACAAGUUUGAGUGCAGCGCAUUACGUUCCAGAAAACUCCUUGUCUUGAAAUUGGGAAAUGGGGGUAAACAUCUACAAACAGGCUGUGAAGGUGUAAGUGCUUCUCAGCACAGUCUAAUCAUGCAGCGCACAAUAACAUUGUUUGCAGUAUUCGAUACAAAACUGGCCGAAUCUCGAUCUGAUCCUAAAGGAAGGUUCUACCUGGCCGGAUGGAAAAGAGAAGUCUCAAGUAUCGAUCCAAAGCUCAACAUCUACCACAAAUGUAAUCGCGUAGCGAAAUGCUACAGGAAAUUCAGCAUUAGAAUCCCUGCCAGCUACAUCGCAAAAGGGAAAAAACCGAUGAAAGUAUUCCACCUCGGCGUGACAGAUCUUUCCAAGAAGCAACCAGGAGAAACGAUCGAUUGCGUAAACUAA